AUGGUCACCACUCUACACUUCCCCGACCAGCAUUCGCACUGUGACCAUCCCGAACUCUAUGAAAUGUCCCGCACUGACAUUCCUGGUGUGGGCCUGAAGUUCGUCAUCCGUAAUACCAAGCGGAUUCACGAUGGUCACUCACAAGUCUAUCACGCCUCAUUGACUUGUGAAGGGUACCCCGCCGAGGACGUCGUCUGCAAGGUUGUGUUUGGGAAGCGUGGCAUAGCGAGGCUUCGCAACGAAGCUGAAAUAUACCGACAACUCCGCAGACUACAGCGCGACGUGAUCCCUGGAUGCUACGGGCUAUUCGAGGGAGAGUUGGAAGAUGGACCGUCGGCUUGCCUGGUCACAGAAUAUUGCGGAGAAACGCUGGAUAAGAGCUUCAAGAGAAGUGACUCACAGUUGAGGAUUCGCGUCAUUGAAGCCUUCACAAAGAUUCACGCAGCUGGUGUACAGCAUGGUGAUAUCAGUGAAUGCAAUGUUGUUCUCUACCAGAACCUGCAACCAACGAUCAUCGACUUUGACCGUGCAGCGAAGCACCAGUGUCUCCAUCCAAUGCCGAUCACGCUGGGGGUGACGGAACCGUACCAGGAUGAGUUUGGAUGCAAUGAACUGUGGCGAAUUUGUCAUACCUGCAAUGUCUGGACACCAAUCAUGGUACGGUACUUGAGCGGACAUGUGCAUGUACGGUACUUGGAGAGUCCCAAAAUACUCGCCUCUGUAGCACCGGAGGAUGUCCCCGAGGAGGAGGCGCUCAAGCAAGCACACGUAGCCAUUGAACAGUAUGAGCGCGUAUAUGGAAAAUGGGCGAAUCGUAAUCCCAUCCCGUGGUACGCUGAUGAGGAGGGUCGAUUGCAUAGUUCCGGAGCUUGUCGCAAGAACGGUGUGUAG